AGAAUACACCUCUUUCCUCCAUUCCAUCCACCAUUAAAAAGCUUAAAAAGCUAUAUGUUCUUUCCCCUCUCUCUCAAUCAUCGGAAUCUCCGGCCAAUCAAGCUUUAAGCAAAGCACAGUUGGAGAAAUCGGAGAGAGGGAGAGACCGUGUGUGAUUGUUCUGUUCUGAUUGAAUUCGGCUUUUUAUUAUUUCAAUUUUAGGGAUUGCUCUGAUUGAAUUGGGUUUUUUAAUUUAUUUAUCUUGGAGUACCGAUUAGGGCACGUUAUUGUGUUGAAGAAUAAACGUUAAUUCAUAUUUUGAGAUGGAUUCGGAAGAUGAUAUGCACGACGCGAACGAUGCCGAGUCUCUUGAUGAUGACUUCUACAGUGGGGAGACUGCGAUGGACUCCGAUGAUGGCGAUGCAGCCGACUACGAGUUCAUCGACAAUGAUUCCGAUGAUUCUGAUGAUCUCCUUUCUCGUCGUAGCCAGCAAAACUACACCAUUUUAAAUGAAGCUGAUAUUCAUCUACGUCAAGAGGAUGAUAUCAUGAAGAUAUCUUCAAUACUUUCCAUUUCUCAUGUUGCAGCUGCCAUAUUACUCCGCCAUUAUAACUGGAGUGUCAGCAAAGUGAAUGAUGAAUGGUUUGCUGAUGAAGAAAAGGUUCGCAGAGUUGUUGGAUUGCUAGAGGAACCACGUGCACUUCCCAAUGUCAAAGAGUUGACAUGUGGGAUUUGCUUUGAAGUUUAUCCUUGUGAUAGUAUGAGUUCUGCUGCUUGUGGUCAUCCUUUUUGUGUAACUUGUUGGAAAGGAUAUAUAAGCACUUCCAUCAAUGAUGGACCUGGAUGCUUGACUCUGAGGUGUCCUGAUCCAUCUUGUGGUGCAGCUGUUGGUCAAGACAUGAUUGUUUCCAUGGUCUCACAUGAUGAUGCAGAGAAAUAUCAACGUUACUUUCUUAGAUCCUUUGUGGAAGACAAUAGAAAGACAAAAUGGUGUCCUGCCCCUGGUUGUGACUAUGCUGUGGACUUCAUUGUUGGUGGUGGAACAUUUGAUGUUACCUGUGGUUGCUCAUAUAGCUUUUGCUGGAAUUGUACUGAGGAGGCUCACAGACCGGUUGAUUGUGACACUGUGUCAAAGUGGAUAAUGAAGAACAGUGCAGAAUCUGAAAACAUGAAUUGGAUAUUAGCUAAUUCAAAACCAUGUCCCAAAUGCAAGCGACCAAUUGAAAAGAACCAAGGAUGUAUGCAUAUUACAUGUACUCCACCUUGCAAAUUUGAAUUCUGCUGGCUUUGUCUUGGUGCAUGGUCUGAUCAUGGUGAAAGAACAGGUGGUUUUUAUGCAUGCAACCGUUAUGAGGCAGCAAAACAAGAGGGAGUGUAUGAUGACACAGAGAAACGAAGAGAGAUGGCUAAAAACUCUUUAGAAAGAUACACUCAUUAUUAUGAAAGAUGGGCUACAAACCAAUCCUCUAGACAAAAGGCCCUGGCAGAUCUUCAGCAAAUGCAAAGCACACACCUUGAGAAGCUGAGUGACAAGCAGUGCCAACCUGAAUCACAGCUAAAGUUCAUCACAGAGGCCUGGCUACAGAUAGUUGAAUGUAGACGAGUGCUGAAGUGGACAUAUGCUUAUGGAUAUUAUUUGCCUGAACGUGAACAUGCCAAAAGGCAGUUCUUUGAAUACUUGCAAGGUGAGGCAGAAUCUGGAUUGGAACGACUUCAUCAAUGUGCUGAAAAGGAACUACAAACUCACCUCAAUGUUGAAAGCCCUUCAAAAGACUUCAAUGAGUUCCGUAUGAAACUAGCAGGGCUAACCAGUGUGACAAGGAAUUAUUUUGAGAAUCUAGUGAGGGCUUUGGAGAACGGGCUGUCUGACGUGGAUGGGCACGGUGGAAGCAGCCGGACAGGUGGCACAAGGACAUUGGGAGCUGGAAGCAGCAAGAGCAGAAGCAGUAGAAGCAAAGGAGCUGCCAGGUCAUCAAGCGGUUCAAGAGCCACAGAUGAUUCCGGACAACACUGGUCAUGUGAGUAUUGUACUUUUGCUAAUGCCAAGUCAGCAACCGUCUGCCAGAUGUGUCAGCAACGUCGAUAAAUUUGCCACCUGGCAAUAAAAAUGGAAGGGAACAAAAAAAGAGGAAAAAAAAAUAGAAACGAAGAAGAAAGAAUUUAAAUUUGAUGUUUUUCUUUUUUGUUAUUUGAUGUUGUAUGUAUAUAGUUUCCACGGUAUCUGCUUGUUCAAAAAGUGUUCUGG